GCGCGCACGUUGAGCCGGCUUCGCUGCUUGUUUCCAGGCUGCCUUCCGAUAAUGUCUUCCAAGAAGAACAGAAAACGGCUCAACCGGAGCUCCGACAGCGGUUCGCCCUCGCCCGCCGCGGCUCACUCUCCUGCGAGGGCCUCGGCGGCUGGCGGCGAAGCCGGCUUCGCGGCGGCCAUCGAGACUCUGGCGGUGAUCAACUUCUUAGAAAAGGAUGACAAAGUUUCUAAAAAGUUCCAGAAUUCCCUCGUUCAACUUGGACUCAACACUAUGAAGUCUGCAAAUAUAUGUAUAGGCCGACCAGUGCUGCUUACCAGUUUACACGGAAAACAAGAGGUCUACACAGCCUGGCCUGUGUCCGGCUUUCCCGGAGGCAAGGUCGGCCUGAGCGAGAUUGCGCAGAAGAAUGUGGGUGUCCGAGUUGGCGACGCCAUCCACGUCCAGCCUCUACUGGGCGCUGUGCUGCAGGCCGAGGAAAUGGACGUGACUCUCAGUGAUAAAAAUCUGGAUAUCAAUGAAGAGCAACUUGCUGGUUGUCUCCUGAGAAAACUAGAUGGCAAGAUUGUUUUACCAGGCAACUUCCUGUACAUUACGUUCUAUGGACGACCGUGCAAGCUGCAGGUGCUGCGAGUGAAAGGGGCGGAUGGCACGAUACUGAGAUGGCUGCAGAGCAGCUCUGACGCUGACGCCCAUGGUGUGCCCUCUGCACAGGCUGGCAUUGAAGCCAGCGCCCUGGAUAUGUCCUUGCAGCUAAGCCAGCUGGACCUGGAAGGGCCUCGGGUCCCACCGUCAAGCAGCACUCCCUGCAAACCAGUAGAUGACAGAGAGAAAAAGAAAGCCGGUGACACUUUGUCGGAUGUCUCACAGAGUCCUGGUGGCAGCAGUGGGCUUGGGCUCGAGGAGGUCUCAGGUCUUGAAUAUAGCUUCGUGUCUGCCAGAGACGGAAGCAAGCACCUUACCAGUGAAGAGAGAGGGCCAAAGUCAGACAGUCUGGGAGCAAAGUGCAACACUGACUCUUUCUAUUUCAUUUCUUCAAUAACCAGAGUCAAUUUUAUAAAACUUUGUACAAAUUCUAAAGACCAGGACAACCAAUUCAAAAUAACUUAUGACAUGAUAGGUGGCUUAAGUGGUCAGCUGAAAGCAAUUAGAGAAAUAAUUGAACUUCCUCUGAAGCAGCUUGAACUAUUCAAGAGUUACGGGAUCCCUCCCCCUAGAGGGGUGUUGCUCUACGGCCCCCCGGGGACGGGCAAGACGAUGAUCGCCAGGGCCAUCGCCCACGAGGUCGGAGCGUACAUGUCCGUGAUAAACGGCCCUGAGAUCAUCAGCAAAUUCUAUGGGGAGACUGAAGCAAGAUUACGUCAGAUAUUUGCUGAAGCCACUCUGCGGCACCCAUCCAUUAUUUUUAUUGAUGAGCUGGAUGCACUUUGCCCAAAAAGAGAAGGGACUCAGAAUGAAGUGGAGAAAAGAGUUGUAGCUUCACUCCUAACACUGAUGGACGGCAUUGGCUCAGAAGGAAGUGAAGGACAGGUGUUAGUCAUUGGGGCCACAAACCGCCCUCACGCUUUGGAUGCUGCACUCCGCCGACCUGGGCGAUUUGAUAAAGAGAUUGAGAUUGGAGUUCCUAAUGCUCAGGACCGGCUGGACAUCCUUCGGAAGCUGCUGCGAAAGGCCCCCCGUGCCCUCACGGAAGCUGAGCUGAGGCAGCUGGCGAGCAGCGCUCACGGAUACGUCGGGGCGGACCUGAAAGCCUUGUGUAACGAAGCAGGUCUCUGUGCCUUGCGGAGAGUCCUGAAGGAGCAGCCUCAACUCCCUGACAGCAAGGUGGCUGGCUUGGUGAAGAUCACUCUGAGCGACUUCGUGCAGGCGAUGAAUGACGUCAGGCCCAGCGCCAUGAGGGAGGUCGCAGUUGAUGUUCCAAAUGUAUCCUGGUCAGAUAUAGGCGGACUGGAAAACGUCAAGCUGAAACUGAAACAGGCUGUGGAAUGGCCCUUGAAGCACCCGGAGUCUUUCACCCGAAUGGGUGUUCAGCCACCUAAAGGGGUUCUCCUGUACGGGCCACCUGGGUGCUCGAAAACGAUGAUCGCCAAGGCUCUGGCCAGUGAAAGUGGGCUCAAUUUCCUGGCCAUAAAGGGGCCUGAAUUAAUGAACAAGUACGUCGGCGAAUCAGAAAGGGCGGUUCGGGAGGUCUUCCGCAGAGCGAGAGCCGUGGCUCCUUCCAUUGUUUUCUUUGAUGAGCUGGACGCCUUGGCGGUUGAAAGGGGCAGCUCCUCAGGUGCUGGAGGUGUGGCUGACCGCGUUCUGGCUCAGCUCCUCACGGAGAUGGACGGCAUCGAGCAGCUGAGGGACGUGACAGUCCUGGCCGCCACGAACCGCCCCGACAGGAUAGACAAGGCACUGAUGCGUCCUGGAAGAAUCGAUAGAAUCAUCUAUGUGCCUUUACCAGAUGCAGCCACAAGGAGGGAAAUAUUUAACCUGCAGUUUCACUCUAUGCCAAUCGGUCAGGAUGUUGAUCUGAACGAACUCAUCCUCCAAACGGAUACAUAUUCAGGAGCAGAGGUCAUCGCCGUCUGCAGAGAGGCCGCCCUGCUGGCGCUGGAAGAAGACAUUCAAGCCAAGUGCAUUAGGAGAAGACAUUUUACCCGAGCCCUGAGCGCGGUGACGCCCCGGAUUCCCGAGUCCCUGAGACGCUUCUAUGAAGACUAUCGAGAGCAGAGUGGGCUUCACACACUCUAAAAGUAUACAUAUUAGUGCGGUUGAAAAUGCUUCCUGGAGAAAACUUGUUUUGUUUUGAAAUGUUGUAUUGAGAAUGUUAAAAAAGAAAUCCUUAGGAAUCAAAAUGUCAAAUGUGUUAACUGCAAUUAAGGGGCUGCACCUCUUGUAGACAUUUUAAAUUCUGAGGAUACAAUGAAAAUCUCCGGACAGGAGUUUAUUCCGUUUUAUCUGGAAAUGUGUCCUGAGUUUUAAAAUGCAAACUUCUAGCUUUUUUAUUUUGGACCUGGUUCCUUUGAACACCAAGCCGGCGGGCUUCAGCUGCGCACAAGAAGAGUGCGUGCGGACGACCACAUGGUGGAUGGCACUUACAGGUCUCUAUUUUGAAGGCCAAACAGUGAAAUGGCCAAAUGCACCAGUCAAGCUUAUGUGGCCUUGUUUCCAAAUAUGUUUUUGUUCUCAGGAUAAUUAAUACCUGCAUUUUUACUUUAGCCAUGUUAUCCUUAUGGUGAAAAGAAAAAAGAACUGAGUCAUUUCUUACACUGUAAUGCCCUUUGAAAAUUUAAAUUCACUUAUAGUGAACCAUACGAAGUAUUCAUGUUUUAGCUUGUACACAUUUUCAGAUCACCAGUAAAGUUUUUGGU